AUGGAGUAUAUUAAGAUUGCCAAGGUUGACAAUGUCCUCUUACAUAGAAAGGGUAAUCCUCUAAAGGGGGCACUCCAUUUGACAACCCACCAUUUAAUCUUUACAUCUGAUUUGGUAUCAAAUGAGUUUUGGUUUCCAUACCCCAUGAUUAGUGCUACCUUUAAAAAUAGGGGAAGUGCUUUGUUAUCUAAAUAUAAUGAUAAAAUACCCACAUCCUCCUUAUCAGUAACAAAAGAUAAAGAUAAGAAUUAUAGUGACAAGAAAAAAACCACAAACACCCCACUUUUAGAAACUUUGAAAUGGUAUUCAAAUAGAAAUAUUUGGUCAAUGUCAAAUGUCAAAAUUAUUGGAAAAGAUUAUACGAUCUUUUCUCUAGAUUUUGUUAACCAGAAUGAUGUAAAUGACGUUUUUGAUACUUUAAUGAGAUUGACUGUCUUACCAAAUGUGACAAACUUAUAUGCAUUCAUAUAUCAACCAAAUGAUAAAGAGAUGAAAUUUAAUAGUUGGGAGAUAUAUGGCCCUGAAUCUGAAUUCAAAAGACAAGGAAUUAGAUUUGAUUUUGAUUCGUGUCCUUGGAGAAUUUCCAAUAUAAAUCAAGAUUAUAAAUUUUGUCCCAGUUACCCUAACAAAAUUGUGGUUCCCAAAAUGGUGUCUGAUACCAUAUUGAGUUAUGCAAGUAAAUAUAGAUCAAAGAAUAGAAUUCCAGCUUUAUGUUAUUUCUAUAAAAAAACAAAUAGUUCUAUUAGUCGAUGUAGCCAGCCAUUGCCUGGCAUAACUAAACAGAGAUCAUUACAAGAUGAAACAUUGGUAAAAACAUUGUUUCAGUGUUGCAGUAAUGGCUCCGAAGAACAUAAAUCUACACCGAUUUUGCAAAAACGUGGACUUAUUGUAGAUGCAAGGCCAAUGACGAAUGCUAUUGCACAGACUGCCCUUGGAGGUGGUACCGAGUCCAAAGACAGUUAUAACUGUGAAAGAAUAUUUUUAGGGAUAGAUAAUAUUCAUGUAAUGUCCGAUACAAUGACCACUUUUACCGAAUCAUUUUUAACUGAUACUGAUGUGAAUAAGGAUUUAUCGCCAUCCAUGAUUCACAAAAAAGCACAUCAUUGGAUGAAAUCAGUUAAAUUAAUACUAGCCAGUGUUGAUAAACUUACAAAAGCUAUGAUUUUUAAUAGUGAGAACCUUUUAAUACACUGUUCUGAUGGGUGGGACAGGACACCGCAGGUGUGUUCUCUAAUACAAUUAUGUUUAGAUCCCUAUUUUAGAACUCUUGAAGGGUUUAUGGUUUUGAUAGAAAAAGAUUGGAUCUCAUUUGGACAUAAAUUCAUGGAAAGAUCCGGUCAUUUAAGUUCUACAGAAGUAUUUCAUGAUAAUACAGUAGAUUUCAAGACCACUAUCACAAAUCAUACAACUGAUCUCUUGUUUGGAAAAGAAAAAACCAGUUAUUAUUCCGAGAACUUUAAUUCAUUUUUAAAAGGUCCAGCGUAUUGUGAAAAUAACAAUGAUAUGAGUCCUAGUUUUGGUAACACAAUUUCUAACAGUUUUUCUGCUAUUUCAUCUUCAGGUCAAAAAAUAUCAGGGGUUCAAAAUACAGUUACUAAUCACUGGACCACAAACUUUCAAAAAACCAUUCAAAAGAGAACACUUAAGUUCACAUCCCCAAUAUUUCAACAAUUCCUUGAUUGUGUUUAUCAAUUACUAAAUCAAAAUCCAAAAAGUUUUGAAUUCAACGAAAGGUUCCUAAGAAGAUUAGUUUACCAUUUAUAUUCUUGCCAGUAUGGAACAUUUUUAUUUGAUUGCGAGCAAGAGAUGGAAAAAUAUAAUGCAAGAAAUCAAACAAAAAGUGUAUGGGAUUAUUUUAAAUCAAAAAGAGAAGACUUCUUAAAUACCUCUUAUAUUCCUAUAACAACACCAAAAGCUGGAAGUACUAAAGCUAAUUCCAAUGAAAUAGAAGAUUGGAUCCAGCCCGACUUGAACAAAGUUAAAUGGUGGUGGCAGUUGUAUGGAAGAAAAGAUAAUGAAAUGAAUAUCGUUCUAGAUGGUACCUUUAAGAAGUGGAAAUUGGAUAAAGGUUCUUCAAGAGACAUUAUACAAGAUGAAAAAGACAAACUUAAUACCAAUUAUAAUUUUUUAAAUCAGACAAAGGAUUUAUUAUCAUCUUUUAAUAUAUUAGGUAGAAAAUAG